AUGGUUUUCCAGCGGAGGCUACCAGGCAGUGCUGUGACUUGCCCUACACACAGCACCUACACGACGUGUGUGAAGAAUAAGAACUGUGUGAGCGGUGUCAGCCCCACCCUGCCCUGCAAUGAGGGGUGUCAGUGCGACGACGGUUACGUUCUGAGCGGCCGCGAAUGUGUGAAGCAGGAAGACUGCGGCUGCACUGAUGUCGACCACUAUCAUAAGUUGAACAGCACCUGGGGUCGGAAGGAUCGAGUGCGCUGCACCUGUAACCUUGGUAACCAGAUCACCUGCAAGCCAGCUCGGUGCGGAGCCAACUUCUACUGGUCACUGCAAGGCGGCAGGUACAGCUGCCACUGUCGGCCUGGACAGGACUGCAAAGACUUCUGCUACAGAGGAACUGGUCUUACAUAUCGCGGGAAGGUCUCCACGACGGAAUGCGGACGACCUUGCCAGAACUGGGAUGCCCAGCUGCCUCACUCCCACAGCGGAUACAGCACCAACUCCAGCCUGGCAGGGCUGCAGGGGAACUUCUGUAGGAACCCUGGUGGGGAGGUCUCACCCUGGUGUUUCACUGUAGACCCCCUGGUCAGGAAAGAAGUCUGCAAAAUACCUCAAUGCGGCCAAGCUUAUUGCGCCAGUAAUCCAUGUAUGAACAAUGCCACCUGCCAGGAGGACCUGGAAUCGUACCAGUGCACGUGUCCUCCUGGGUACCAGGGAGACCGCUGCCAGAUAUACACUGGCUGUCACACCAGCACAAAUGGAAUCGACCUCAUGUUUCUCCUUGAUGGUUCCGGCAGCGUUACCAAAACAAACUUUGACCUUGUCAAGCAAUUUGUCAAGAACAUUGUACAGAACUUCGACAUCCAACCCGGGACCACCCAUGUGGGGGUCCUGCAAUACAGCACCACAGUCAAGGAACAUUUUGCUCUGAACACCUACGACCGCUCGGCACAAGUUUUAUCCGCAAUCGACCGGAUACAGUACAUGCAAGGAGGUACAAACACUGGAGCUGCGCUGCAGUAUCUUGCUCAUGACAGUUUUACAGCAGCCAAGGGCGGCCAUCCCAACCACCAAAACUUUGUGAUCGUCGUCACCGACGGAAAGUCGUCUGACUCCGUCAUGCAGCCGGCUGAUGAGUUGAGGAAGAUGGGUGUAAAAGUGUUCGCAGUUGGGGUAGGGACGCAGGUGGACAACGAUACUCUCCUGGCAAUUGCAACUGACCCUAAGAAGGUGUUCCAGAUAGGUGACUUUGAAGGACUGAACUCUGUGGGAAAGAUGGUACAAGAGACGAUUUGCAGAGGUGAGAAUGAGUGCCAUCCAAACCCCUGCUUCAACAAUGGCACCUGUGCAGACGGAGACCGCACUUACACCUGUACCUGUCCUGGAAACUACAAGGGGAACAGAUGCCAGCUAUGUACUGGCAAUGACAAGUCAGUGAGCACCUGUAUGACGUGGGGAGACUUUCACUACCUGAGCUUUGAUGGAAACCAUCUGGACUUUGAGGGGAACUGCUCCUACACUCUCGUACAAGACACCAACGACCGACCGAUGUUUAACGUCCAGCUGCAGCGUGGAUACAUGGAAGAUGGCCUGUCGCUUAGUCCCAGCACAAUAUCAAGUCGUGGAAGCGUGUCAUCGAGGUUAAAUGUCUCCAGUACAGCAAGCACCAGAGUACAUGUUAACGUGUAUGGGCACAGGAUUAUACUCAUGGAGGGGCGUCGGCUGGUGCUGAACCAGGUGCUAGUAAGCACACCUGUUGUGGUGGGAUCAUAUGUUCAUGUCAAUCAAAGUGGUGACCACGUCGUCCUCACUACGGACUUCGGCCUGAGGGUCAGCUACGACGGCAAGCAAGAGGUAAUGGUGUCCCUCCCAGGAUGCUUUGCAAACAGGACGUCCGGGCUCUGUGGGAACUAUAACGGCGAUGCUGGUGACGAUAACCGUACGGCUGACGGCACGACGGCAUCGUCUGACGCUGCGCUGGUGAACAGCUGGCAGCUGAAAAAUGACAGUUGUCCCCCGCUGGCAGAGUUCUCCCUCCCAACAUGUCAGAACAUGUCUGCCUACCUUCCCAACAACACCACAAACACUACCAACAUCAACAUGGCCGCCAUGCCCUGCCAUUUCUUCAUGUCGGAGGUCAACAAGUGUUCCAAGGUCGUGUCCCCUGGUCCGUUUUUCCGUGCCUGCGUACAGGACCACUGUGCGCUGAAGCGCGGUCAGGAGCAAAUCUGUCAGACUUACGAGGCCUACAGUCACGAGUGUGCAAGACGAGGCAUCAUUCUGAACUGGAGAACUGACAACUUCUGCUCAAAGACGUGUCCAGCCAACAGUAACUACACAGCGUGCAUGUCAGCCUGCCCGGCUACAUGUGACAACCCUGACGCACAGAAACAAUGCUUUGCCUCUACUGGUCAGCAGUUCUGUGUGGAAGGGUGUCGCUGUAAGGAGGGGUACGUCUUAAGUGGAAAGGAAUGCAUCUUGAAGGAGCAAUGUGGCUGCACCAAGGAUGGGAUCUACCACAAGGGUAACUCCAGGUGGACAGCAGCACACCACCAACAGUGCACCUGCUCCGGUAACAACACCGUCAGCUGCACGUAUGUCAGCUGUAGUCAUGGUCUUCAGUGGGGGCUGGAGAGGGGCGUCUACAAAUGCCUUAUGCCAAGCAAGAACUUCUCCUCCACGCAGAAUCUGGGAAACAAGACCCACAAUUCUGCUUGUGAGCACAGCCCCUGCAAGAACAAUGGCAGCUGUGUACUGGGAGUGGACAAGUGGUCGUACUACUGCACCUGCGCUGCUGGGUUCGAGGGACCACAGUGUCAGACAUUUACCGGCUGUUCCAGAUCACAGUUUGACCUUGUCUUUGUCCUUGAAAGUUCUGACAAGGUCACAAUGCCAAACUUCAAACUCAUGAAGGACUUUGUCAAGAAAGCAGUCCAAGCUUUCGACAUCCAGCCAGGCACAAACCGAAUUGGGUUGGUACAAUACGGGGCUACAGUUCAAGAAGCUCUCUCAUUGGCUGCAAGCAACACAAUGGCAGACGUUCUUUUGGCCGUUGACAACUUAAAACAUUUGGGAGGUGCUACCUUCACACAAGCUGCGUUACAACAUCUUAAAGACACAAGUUUCACCAGCACGAGUGGAGAUCGGAUGGGUUACCCGAACAUCGCCGUUCUGAUGACAGUUGGGAAACCAUUUGAUGCCCCAGCAGUAGUUGCAAAAGAACUCCGUGACAUGGGAGUCCACUUAUUUGUGGUUGGCAUAGGCAACGGACUUGGGAACACCACACUCGAAGAGAUCACAGGGCAUCAGCAAUUUGCUUUUCAGGUGAACAACUUUACAGACCUGGAGAACGAUGCACAGCGUAUGCAGUGGAUGCAAGCUAUCUGUCGUGGUCGUGAUGAAUGUGCGUCCAACCCAUGUCAGAACGGGGGAGCAUGCGUGGAUGGAGACUACUCCUACCAGUGUACUUGUCAACAGGACUUUGUUGGUAAAAACUGCGAGCGUUGUGGUCUACCUACAACAGGUGUGAGCCAGAUGGAUCGAACAUGCACAGUAUGGCAUGGCCAUCAAGUCAUGACCUUUGACCAUGCCACCUUUGACCUUACUGGAAGUUGUCGGUACACCUUGGUCCGUGAUAAGGUAACCUACGGCAACACCACUCAAACAAACUUCAACAUUGAGCUGGAGUGGACCUACAUGUCUAUGGGUGGGAACAAUGCUCCAAUGAUGGUAGUUGGCUCUGGUAGUUCAAAUCCUGAAGAUACCCUGGUUAAAAUAGAUGCGGGAUCUCUGAAUCUGCCAGCAGAGUACCGUAACUUCAGCCACCUCCGCACAAGGGUCCACGUAGAUGUUUAUGGUCAAAGAGUGACACUCAUGGAAGGACCCAAAGCGUUUUUCAACAACUUGACGGUGACCCCACCCUUCACCACAAAAGACCUCCACAUCAACUACACAGGCAGCCUGCUACAGCUCACUGCGACCUCUGACCUCGUGGUCACCUACGACGGCAAACAUCAAGUCCAAGUGAGGAUCCCUAGCUGCUAUAGGGGGAAGACGCUAGGGUUGUGUGGAAACUUCAAUGGGAACUCCAGCGAUGACAUGUUGAUGAAGGACGGGAGAAUGUCAACCUCUGUGUCUGACUUUGGAGACAGUUGGAAGGUUGGAAACAGGAGUUGUCCAGCAACAGUUGACCUGUCCAAACUCAAUUGUAGCACUGCAAAGAACCAAACAGGCACAAACGACACCUGUGGGCUCAUCCUGUCUAGAACUGGCCCCUUUGCACGCUGCCACGCCGUUCUGCCCCCUAAGGACUUCUAUGACAGCUGCAUUUUUGACACAUGCCCACGUAGCGCUGGAUCAGUGAACAGUAACACAAACAACUCCAGCAGAGGUAUGAAUGCCACAGGCAGUAGUAGUGAGGAUAAGAAGAUGUGUUCCAGUAUGGAGACGUAUGCGAGGCUGUGUCGCAGUGCAGGCGUGCUUGUUGGGGAUUGGAGGAAGCAAAACAACUGCCAGAUGAAAUGCCCAGCCAACAGUAACUACUCAGCCUGCAUGCCAUUCAGACAACCCACCUGCCUGAACCCCAACGUGACCAGGGAGUGCAUCCGGCAGGAUUUCCUGUCUCUGUUGCCAUCCUUUACCGCCAUACGCGAGACGUGUGUUGAAGGCUGCCAGUGUCAGAGUGGGUACCUUCAGAGCGGUCAGGAGUGUGUGCUCCCAGAGGAUUGUGGGUGCACCUACAAGGGUGUCUAUUGGCCGAAAGGUGCAAUGUUCGGACUGAAAGACAACCAGCAGUGUGAAUGUAGAGGCAACAAGACAGUAGUCUGCCAGCCUGUGGUGUGUUCACAAUGGGAGCUGGUGGAUGGGUCCUACAGGUGCUCAUGUGUGGGACAGGCUACUUGUUCAGCUGUUGCCAGUUUCUCUGUGAACUUCACCUUGGCCGCUAGCAGGUCGUUCACACCAGUCUUUAUGAACUCCACGUCCAUGGAGUAUCAAAAACUGCAGACUGAAGUCGAGACACAGACUGCUGCCCUACUUGGAAGUGCUGCAGGGUUUCAAAGUGUCCAGGUUCUCCAGUUUGCCAGAGCCAAUAACAGUGCCAUCAUUACAACCUUAAGACUUCUUGUGUCAGAGUCGACCAGCCAAAGAACUUUGAUGGUCCUGCGCACUGCUGUGAACCAGGGGAAGGUGUUUGAGUUGUCGGUCCUGCAAAACUCCCUAGUCUAUAGAAGUGAUUUGAGUGUGUCAGCAACAUCCCAGGUGGUCAUUGUGCAGUCAUGGACUCCUGAACUAUUGAACGUCAACUCUGUACAGUACAAGCAACUGACCUACAACAUACAGAUCAUGUUUCAGCAGAUGUUCGUGACUGUUACCGGCUUACAAAAAGUGGAAGUAGCAGGAUUCAGUCGAGGGGAAAACAACCAGGUUGUGGCUAAGAUACGUGUCAUUGCGACCUACUACGCCAUCAGUAUGGCACAGACCAGGUUUGUUCAGCUGGUGACCACAGGCAGUGCGGGACAGCUAAGAUUCAAUACCACCAAUGUGAUCAUCAAACGGGAUGUUGUCCUGUCGUCUACAACGUCCAUGGCCGUCGGCUCCUAUACCUGGGUACCAAGUCUAGCUGACAGGAGUUCCCUCCAGUACACACGGUUAAAGCAGCAAGUAGAAGAACAGCUGACAAUUCGCCUGGUAGCAGUCACUGGUUUCCAGACACUACAAGUCAUUGACAUCAAGCAAGGUGUAAACAGCACAGUGAUGGUAGUGGUCGCAGUGUACGGAGCAGGUUAUGCUACAAACCAGCUACAGUCAUCGUUCCAGACUGCCGUCCAGUCUGGUCAACUUGGCACCAUCAGGGUAGUCAGGCAAUCUGCAAUGGUCAAGACAGAUGUUGUUGUUUCUUCUACUGUGUCUGUGACCCUGGCACAGCCCUGGAGUAAUGACUACACCAACUCAACAACUCAGGCCUUCAACACCCUCAGUAAGACAGUUACACAUCAGUUUACGGAGCAACUUGGAGGAACUGAAGGGUUUCAGCAGGUUACAGUGUCCAGCUUUGAGAAGUCGGGAAACACAGUACGUGUGGUCAUACACUUACUGUCCACGAGUUAUCGCGCCUUCUCUCAAGUUCAAACGUCCCUGGUCACUGCAGUAAACCAGGGGCAGGUCGGCUCCAUCAGUGUCAAUCAGACUGUAGCUGUGGCAGUCAAACAGAACGUUGCGCAGUCAGUGACCUCUACCAUGAACUUGGUCCAACCCUGGACCCCUGACCUUCUCAACAUAAACUCAAUGACCUUUAAAACCACCAAGAUGCAGAUAGAACAAUCCAUAAGAGAAUCCCUAUUGCAGACAGUGGGAUUUCAGGCUGUCAAUGUGGCCAGGUUCAAGCAAACGUCUGACCAGAGGACCCAGGUGAUCCUGCGCAUCAUGGCUGUGGAGUACGCUGUGACUCAGGCACAGAGGACUGUGCAGACUGUGGUACAAACUGGACAGGUCGGGAACAUCGCUGUUGAUGCCAACUCUGUGAUGGUGACCCAAGAUGUGACAGUGUCCAACACUGCUCAGAUGACCUUGACCCAGGCUUGGUCAGCCAACUUGACCAGUACCUCAUCAGCUGCCCACACCAGCCUUAAGAAGCAAGUAGAGGAAACGUUUGCCCAGCAGUUUGUGAACGUGGUAGGAUUUCAGCGAGUUGUGGUAUCCAAAUUUGUACAGCAGGGUAACAGUGUUACAGUGGUGGUACGGAUGGUCAUGGCGGACUACGCUUCCACUGAAGUACAGCAGGCAUUCACAGCCGCUGUCGGGGCUGGCCAGUUUGGAACACUUGCUGUCAACAGCACAUCAGCAGUCGUCAAAAAGGAUGUUACUGUGAGUCAAUCAGCCACCACUACCAUCAAACAACCCUGGUCAGCAGAGUACCUCAACAUCACAUCCACAAUGUACAAGACUCUACAAACACAAGUGGAGCAACAGCUGCUGACUGUAUUGCUGUCAGUUGUUGGGGUCCAGGGCAUGAGAGUAGCGUCGUUCAAGGAAAGUGCUGGCAAUAUUGAAGUCCUGGUCAGGCUGGUUCUUGCUGACUAUGCCUCAAAAGACGCACAGACGUCUUUUAAGACGGUUGUCUCCUCUGGGAAGAUCGGAAGUCUUACUGUGGACCCCGUCUCUGCUGUGGUUAAGAAAGAUGUGAGCAUCACGUCAACUGCAUCUAUGACCUUGACCCAACCUUUCACAGCUGACCUAAUUAAUCCUUCUACACAGCAAUUUAUGAUCUUGAAAAAAAAAGUGGAACAAGCGUUUUCAGAAUCCCUGAUUGUCGUCUUGGGGUUCCAACGUGUUGUGCUACACAAGUUUGUCCGCACUGAAACUAACCAAACCCAAGUAGUGUUGAGGAUCAUAACAGCGGAUUACUCAGCAGCGGAUAUCAGCAGCCGGUUCGAAGCCAUCGCACAAGACAGAGAGGUUGGACCCGGGGUCUUUUCCGUUAGGAAUGAUACAACCACCGAAUUCAAAAGAGAUGCAAGCAUCUCAUCCACGGCUACCACAGUCCUUAGUACUCAGUCCUGGUCUGCUCAACUGACCAACAAAACAUCACAGGAAUACAUGAGCCUGACACAGGAGAUAGAGGAUGGGAUGUCCCUUAUACUUGUUCAGAAUCCUGGCUUUAAAAGAAUCAAUGUCAAGGAGUACAAACAAAGUUCUGAUGGUAAGGUAGAAGUGACAACCAGGGUGACCAUUGCCCCGUAUGCGUUGUUGGAAACUCAGUCAUCCUUUGAGGAGGCUAUAAAAACAGGACAGCUGGGAACAGUUCAAGUUGUGAACACAUCAGCCACUAUUGUUGAAGAUGUGAGCCAGUCUGCCACGUCCUCCAUGGUUGUGACUGAGACAUGGAACCCACAACUUCAGAACAGAGAGUCAAUGGUCUACAAGGAACUCAAGACAAAGAUAGAACAAACUCUGCUUGUAAACCUACUACAGACUCCAGGAUUCCAAAAUGUGGAAGUUGCCAAUUUUGUUAAGACAGAAUCCAACCAAACACAAGUUGUGGUUAGGAUAAUAUCAACAACAGAUACCCUAAAAGAAACACAGCAAAACUUUGUAAGUCUGGUGGAGAAAAACCAACUCCAGGGUGUCACUGUCAGCACAACUUCAGCUACAACCAGGAGAGAUGUGGCAUCAUCAACCUCAGCUUUCCUGACACUGUCAGAACAGACCUGGACUGCAGAUCUCCUGAACACCUCAUCAUCUGUGUUCAUCACCCUUAAAGAGAGGGUAGAGGAUGGGCUGACAGAACAGAUAGCAAACACCCUUGGUGUGCAACGCAUUGCCGUAACAGGUUUCCAUGAAGAGAAAGGAAAAGUUGUUGUGGAUGUAAAGAUCAUCAAAGCUGACUAUGCCACAGAGGAGGUCAGACAGGCCUUCAACACAGUUGUUCAAAGUGGCAACAUUCUUGGUCUUGCUAUCAACAAGACAACAGCCAUGAUAGAAAAUGAUGUCAUCACCAGUUCUACAGCUUCGUUGGUUCUGAAGACUGAGAAGUGGUCAGCCAACCUGACGGAUGACAAGUCUCCGCAGUUUGUUGCCCUGGCAAGCAAGGUGGAAGAACAGGUCAGAACUGUGUUGGUACCAACAGUUGGCUUCCAAGAGGCAAAGGUUGUACAGUUUAGACAAAGUGACGUUCUUUAA